AUGGCACUAGUAUUCUCCAUAGAUCUCCCUUCCACUGUUCACUCUAUUGAUCCUGCCGUCUCAUAUCGCCACAUGUACAAGAAAACUAAAUGGAACCUCUUCACAAAAAAAACCAAUAACGAAUUUGCUCCAUUCAUUCCUACCGACCGCAAUCUCACCAAUACAGAAAUUUUAGACCACAUAAACAAACUUAACUCUUUUAUUGCCUCUUCCAUUGAAAAAUACGUUCCAAAAUUUAAACCAGAUGAUAAUGUACUCAACUACAUUAAUCUAAGGAUUAAAAAACUACAUAAAAAAAAAUCUUUCCUCAUCUCACCUCUAAACCGUACCCGCCGCCAAAACCCUAAUCCCUAUGUUAUCAGUACAUUAAAUAACCUCAUCAAUAUUGUGAAUGUCAAACUUAAAGCAGAAUUCAAGUCUUCUUACGAGAAAUACUGGGAUUCCCAGAUACGCGCAAUUGAUCACCGUAAUGUAGAAUCGUUCUUUCCUAAAAUCAAUAGAUUUUUUCGCCCAAAAGGUGAGAUGAAAAUUGACUUUUUCGAAAUAGACAAUACAGAACUUCAUCUCUUGGCUCGCGCUGGUUGCAAUAUAAAUACCCUUCCAAAAGUUAAUAAAAAUCUCCUAGUUGAGUCUCCAUCCGAUAUCCUCAAUGUCAUAGGUGCUUACUAUGAACAAGUCAACUCACCCCGAAUCAUAAAUGCCGACCUCCCAUUCAAGGAUGAAGUUGAGAAAGUGGUCAAUGAACUUGUCAAAACCUUUGAAAACAACCAUUCUUCUGGCUCACAUAUCACUGAAUUCUCCGAUAACAAUCCAGCAACUGGUCCCAGACCUAUUGAUAACAGCAUCUUUUUUACUUCGGUUGAUCUUUCUACACGGAUCUUUAGAUCACUCCCUAAUAAAACCUCUUCUGGCCUGGACAAUAUCCCUCCCAUAGUUCUUAAACACUUGCCACCUUGUAUCAUCCGAGAAUACACCACUAUCUUCAACAACUGCUUGAAUAAUAGAUUUUUCCCUGAUCCUUGGAAACGUGCAAAGAUUCUCCCAAUCCUAAAGAAAGGUAAACCAGCCUCCAAAGUAUCCAGCUAUCGUCCCAUCAGUCUAACACCUGCCGUCAGUAAGGUUUAUGAAGCUGUGAUAAGCUUCACCCUUCGAAAACACACAUACUCCAACAACAUUAUACCCGAUAACCAAUUUGGCUUUCGAACACAGCAUUCCACUACUCACGCGAUCCAUAAAAUAACAACAGACACAAACUCCCAUCUACACAAAGGUGAUGUCGUCAGCGCCUGUUUAGUUGACCUAGAAAAAGCGUUCGACUCGGUGUGGUUUCCUAUACAUUCUUCAUACUAA